GGUUCUCGCCGAGGGUUAAUUAAUCUGAUUCUCCCAAAUUUCUAAUUGCCAAAAAAAAAAUAAUCGACAGCCACAAAAAUCUAUUGCAAUUCACCGCGACAAUUUAUCAUUCGCGUUCUAGUUCCGUUGACCAGGAUCGACUGAAAAUUUUUUUUUUUUUGUCGAGUUCUGGUGAAACUCCGGGUGAAAAAGCCGGUGAAAAAACGCGGACUGUGGGCUCGGUCUGUAUUAUUUUCGCUUUCGCGAGUAAUUUAUCGCGUGUGUCGGUGUGAUUUGCCGGGAUUUUCCACGGAUUUUUGGUGAUCGUUGGGAUUUUCACGGGAUUGGGAGGAACUCGGCUAGUUCUCGGGGUGGAGUUCAGUCAGGAACGUCAGGAAUUUUGGAAUUUUUUGGACAGAGCUAACUACCCGCCAAAAAAUGCAGAAGAUGAACUACAUGGAGGUGACUCUCCCGAACUAUUCAUAUGUCUUCAAUUUUGAGGAGAAGUUUAUUCAUCAAGACACACGAGACUGGAUGACGAAUAACUGGACAAAUGUGUUCUAUUAUGCUGGGAUAUAUAUGAUUCUCAUAUUUGGCGGUCAAUACUGGAUGACCAGCAGGCCCAGAUUUGAAUUGAGGGGUUUACUUACACUUUGGAACAGUGGACUCGCCAUUUUCUCGAUAAUAGGAUUCGCUAGAACAGCACCUGAGCUCAUUCAUAUAUUAAGAAAUCAUGGAUUGUAUCACAGUGUGUGCAUACCGAGCUUCAUCGAGAUGGACAGGGUUUCUGGGUUCUGGACCUGGAUGUUCGUUCUGUCGAAGCUACCAGAGCUGGGUGACACUCUGUUCAUCGUGCUGAGGAAGCAACCCCUGAUAUUCCUCCACUGGUACCACCACAUAACAGUUUUACUGUACUCAUGGUUCUCUUACACAGAGUACACGUCGUCAGCUCGAUGGUUCGUCGUGAUGAAUUACUUCGUACACUCGAUAAUGUAUUCUUACUACGCCCUCAAGGCCAUGAGAUACUCACCACCAAAGUCAAUAGCAAUGGUGAUAACGACACUCCAACUAACGCAGAUGAUGGUGGGAUGUGCUAUCAAUGUCUGGGCCUAUCAGUAUCUCACUAGUGGACAGAGCAACUGCUGUAUCUCCAGGUUCAACAUUCACUUCAGUCUCAUAAUGUACUUCAGUUAUUUCGUUCUAUUUGCGAGAUUCUUCCACAAGGCGUAUAUUGGAGGUAAGAAGGACAAGAAGAUAUAUAAGCACGAGAACAAUGGACACAUCAACGAGGAGUACAGCAAUGGAAAGCUCAAGAGCAACUGAACAUGAUGGAGAUAUUAUUGCGAGAGACAGGUCAGGGUGAUGGAGAAUCGUGAAUAUCUUGGGAUUUACGAGAGGUAGCGAAAUUUUGGUAGAAUUCGUUUUUGUGGGGAAUUUUGUCGGCUGCAGAAAUGGUUUUAUCAGUUUUUUCACUAACUCUCAUGGAUCACGAGAUAUUCGCUGAAAUCUUGGGGUUUGAUUUGGGGAGCACUUGAUUCACCGGACUCUGGGAUUUUUGGUGAAUAUAGUGAAUAUUUCAGGAUCUAUGGGAUACAGUGAAAUUUUGGUGAGAAUUGUUUUUGUGGGUAAUUUCAUCAGCUGCAAAAAAGGUCAUAUCUAUUAUUUUUCUGGCUCUCGUGGAUAACGAGAUAUUCUCGAAAAACCGUUGAGUGUUAUUAGGGGACACUCCGGACUGAGUGGAUUAGGUGGUCUCUCUGGUUUUUAGUGAAUAUCUCUGGAUCUCGGGGAAAUGGUGAGAAUUUUGUAGAGGAUGUUUUUGUGGGUUAUUGUUCUAGCUACAAAAAAGGUAGAGUGAUAAUUUUGGUAGCUUCGAUGGGUCAUGAGGUAUAUGAUUUUAUCGGGGGAUAGGUCGGGAGUAAAUUAUUCAGGGAUUGAUUUUCAAGGAAAAUGGACCAAAGAGGGAGGGAAUUGUGGUCCGAAUUAUUUAUGCACAGCACAUGUUUUAUUUGUUUAAUUGGAGCACAAAUUUUUGUUUUUCAACGAUUGAUGAUUUAUUCGGGGGUGAGGGGUGGGUAGAUUAGAAUAUAUUUUAAGAUCACAGUGGAGGGGAAAUACCGUAAUAUUUUCUAUGGGCCCGUUUGGUGUUUGGAUCCGGUGUAGUGGGUUCUGUCGGACGCGUGACCCACAUUCUGCUUGACACUGGAGAGAUCUCACGGAAUGAGAGGUCUAUUGGCACUCGGUAUUUUUUUUAUUUCAUGCGCAAUUUCGAGAGGUCAACGGAGAUAUCAUGUAAAUGAAGAUAUAUUUUUCUCGGAAAUUUAUCUCACCAACCGCUCAGUUUAGAGAUAAAUGCCGGAAAAGUUUUUUGCGGGAAAUUUAAUAAUCUACCAAAAAUCUCUUAUGACUUUUUAUACUCUUGUCAAUCGUCUUCGAAAUACACGCACAAUUUGAAAUUGAAACAUCCAUGUUUAUUAGAAAAAUCGAAUCAGAAGUAGAAAGCGAACAGCCAAUUAUCUUGAUAGCGAGUGGUUUUAGGAGAAAAUGGUAGAUAAAUUUUUGGUGGAUAAUUCGAUUGUCUACCAAAAAGGUCGAAUGAAGUUUCGGCUGGGAGCGAUGAGUACCGAGAUAAUUGGAAAAAUUGGAGAAAUGGAGGGGGUGGUAAUGAGGGGAUUUUUUGGGAUUUUUCGGGUGGAUGGGAGAUUAUCUCGGGAAUGAGGGGUUUUAGCGAAAAAUGUUGUGGGACUUUUCUCAGGGGAAUUUAAUUCUCUAGAAAAAGUUUCUCAUGACUUUUCCUCGUAAAACCACUCCGUUCCCGGAUACAUGAGUAAUUCACAAAUAUUGACUACUCAGCUGAUGGGAGAUUGUCACGAAACGACGUCUCUUCAACUCUAAAUCUCGAAAUAUCAUCAGAUAAAAAUUACUCAAUUAUUUUUUCCCGUUCCAAAGUUAUCCUCGAGCGUCAAAAUGAAACGGGAUUCGUUCGAAUUGUGUCGGUAGAUAUCGGAGAAACUCCUCACUACGAUUUACUAUUCGAUAUUUUCCCUUUUCUUUACGAGUUUCCGCUCAUCUGCAUACUUCACCAGUGUAAAUCAAUCUCGAAGCGUUUGUUACAUGAAUCAUUGAUAGGAUAAACAGCAAAAAAUUACACGGAGUGAAUAAAUCACACUUCAACAAAAAAACCUAAGAAAAUGAUUUAAACAUUGAAGAAAAUGCAGAGUGAAGACGAGUUUUUGUCAGAUAUCUUCAAACCCGCAGGAGAUGACGAAAUUUUUAUCAAACCCAUUUUUGGAGCUUAGGAAAUUCUCUACAAAAAAGGUUUAGGAGAAAUUCCUCUAGCUCCUCCAAAUAACUAGAUAAAUCAAAAGUACGUAAUGGGAUCGUUUCGUCAGUGAAAACUUCAAAACAACUAUCCCGAUGGAUUUUGAAACCAAGUGUAAAGUUCAUAGACGUCAAAUCCUCAUUUGCAUAAUAGUCUCAGGCGAGACAAACGCGACUAUUAGAUAAUCGAAUGGCGGAUGUAAUUUUUUUAUUGUGUCCGGAUAUUCGAAAAACGAUUUUCCUGAUUCGCGAUAAAUUCGAAUUAAUUUAAUGACGACCUCAAAAGGUCGGGUUGACAGUGGGUCACGCGUCGUCAUCUGUGCGAUCAGGAAAUAUUCCACUGAUGCAUCAAUUAUUUACAAUGCCAAUUAAUUAUUUAACAGAAAGAUUAAAAAAUAUUAAUGAGACUUUUCACGAUUGUGUGGAUUGUACAGGUCAUGAGAAAUGCGAUUGUUAUUUACUAUGUAAAUGACUGGUGCUUGUCCGACAAUUGCGCAACAAUGAUGGUAAUUAGAUGAGAUAUGAGUUUUUUGUCGAGCAGUGAUUUUGUACAUUUUUUGGUCAAUUAAAAAAAAAUAGUUUCAUCCCAGAGUGAAGGGGAGACUUUUUUUUUGAAAUAUUGAACGAAAAUUGAAAUAUCUGGAAAUCUAUCGGAGAUUGGAGAUCUCUUGUAGGAGCUUAUUUGUGGAGAAUUUUAUCAGCUACAAAAAGCUUCCAACAAAAAUUUCGCUGUCUCCUCAAGAUAACGAGAUAUCUCCGAAAAACUCAUGUACCUCCCAAAUCGCACGAAAUACGAUGGAGCCAUUUUACUCCGUGAUUUUUCGAGAAUACCUCCGAAUCCUCAGGAGAUAGCAAAAACUCGUGAGGACCUUUCUCGUAGAUAAUUUCCUCAGCUACAAAAAAUGUCCAACAAAAAAUCCGCUAGCUCCUGUAGAUUCGGAGAUAUACCCCAAAAGCCUCAAAUGUAAAAAAAUACGAACAGUGUAAAAACGUUGAGAAAAAAUAACAACCAGUUUUACUGUAAUCACAUGCUUUCUCGAUAGAUAAGUUUUCAAUUGUAAGUGUGUGUGUGCGUGAACGUGUGUAUUAUAUAAGUAAUCAAUUUUCACGUGAAUUGGUGGGUCCGUAUCGAACAAGAUGAUUAAAUGGGCUUAUUUUUCCCUGGAGAGAGAAAAUUGUAAAAAUAAAAAUUGUCAUAAAUCGGACAGUACGUGACACUUGCUCCUCAGAAUUUUUUUUCUGGGUCAUUGCCAAUUGCUGAGGUCAGCCCGGGGCGCCGGAGACUACUCGGAGGAUAAUUUUUUAGUCAUGGAGGCUUUUGUUUGUUUUUUUUAGAAAUUUCCGAAAAUAAUAACAAUCGGUAUGGGCAUACGUUUUGGGCGUACAAAGCGCGCAGGACGUGCUUUAAAAUCGAUAAGUACUCUCUCAAAGCGCGUAUACCCCUUCAUCUUGGCCAAUUUACUUUCUCUAAUCAUCUAGAUUCUCCAAUUUUGUUUAUUUUCGUUGAUAAUUCGGUAAUGGAGUCGUGUCGGGAAUUUUUAAUGGUGAUUUUUUGUGGUUGUACCGACCGGAGAGCGUCUAAGAGGCAGUUCACGUGGACAUUUUUUGUGGGGAAUUUAAUUCUCUACAAAAAAUGUCAUAUCUAUUUUUAUCGUAAACCCAACGGAUUUCGGGAUAUUUCGAAAAUUUACAGAGAAAAAUUGAAUGUCAAAAUUCAACUGUUCAAUUUUUUGAAUUAAACAAAUGGAAAUAUCUCCGGAGCGACACAUUUCGCCGAAAAAUAUCAUUAGAAUUUUUUGUCGGAAAUUUGAUUUUCCAUAAAAAGUUUCUAAUACGUUUUAUUCUAAAACCGCUCGUUCCCGAGAAAAAUCAAGAGAAUGUCGAAAACCGAAUUUCUCAAAUGCUCAAGAACUGAAUAAAAAGCCUCGAACAUCACGAAGAGUUAUUUAACAAAUUCAUUGUAAAAUCCACGACACGACUCGGGAGCUCCACAAAAUCGAAAAGAAAAAUUAUUUUCAAUAUUUUUAACGACUUAAGUACUCCAAGCGCAUCUGGAAUGUGUCAAAUUUUUGUAAUACAUUAUAAUUAUGUAAAAAACAACAUGAGAAAGAAGCUUUAUUAUACCAUGUGAAGGA